AACCACAAGAAAGCAUCUUAAAUCAUUAUCGGAAAGCUAAACGUUUUCCCAGAAAAUCUCAAUUUUCCAUGAAAGUUCUGGGGACACCUCGUCCUUUACCUCUUGCUUUAGAUACCAACGACUCUCGUGUUCUCUCUCAUACACACUCUUCUCCAUCAAUACUCUCAUCCACGAAACAUUCUCACAAGCUUUCCAAAUCCAUGGCUACUUGUAUCGACACCUCAAGAACAACCGAGCCUUCCCAAGUUUCCCAGCCUCCAAACAGGUCUCAACCUGAUGAAAUCCAUUACAAGUAUGUAAAAUUCUGCAGACCCACUUUUACUGACCAUGUUUCAAGCAUACCCUUUAGCGAAAACCACACAAAUGGCAUCCACACCAGAAAAAUUGCUGAUUUAUCUUUUGAAGAAGAAGGAGAAGUAGCAGAGAUGGGUUCUUUAUGGCUGAAAAUGAACGAAGAGGCAAGGUUAGAUGCUGAGCAAGAGCCCAUCUUGUCAAAUUAUUAUUACAGCUCAAUUUUGUCUCAGAAUUCAUUAGAAUGUGCUUUGGCAAACCAUUUGUCAAUCAAGUUAAGCAAUUCAAGUCUUCCUAGUUGUACUCUGUUUGAUAUAUUCAUGGGGAUUGUUUUGGAAGAUAAAGGAAUUGUAAAAGCUGUCAAGGAAGAUUUAAAAGCUGUUAAAGAAAGAGACCCUGCAUGUAUAAGUUAUGUGCAUUGCUUUUUGAAUUAUAAAGGGUUCCUUGCAUGUCAAGCACAUAGGAUAGCACAUAAUUUAUGGUCACAAGAGAGGAAAGUUUUGGCCUUGUUGAUACAAAAUAGGGUGUCUGAGGUUUUUGCUGUGGAUAUUCAUCCUGGGGCUAAGAUUGGGAGUGGAGUAUUUUUUGAUCAUGCUACUGGAGUUGUUGUUGGAGAGACUGCUGUUAUUGGAAACAAUGUAUCAAUCUUACAUAAUGUGACAUUAGGAGGAACUGGUAAGGUUUGUGGUGAUAGACAUCCAAAGAUUGGAGAUGGAGUUUUGAUUGGUGCUGGCACUUGUAUUUUGGGAAAUAUUAAAAUUGGUGAUGGAGCUAAGGUUGGUGCUGGCUCUGUGGUGUUAAAGGAUGUGCCUCCCAAGACUACUGCCGUCGGGAACCCGGCUAGACUGAUUGGAGGUCGGGAGAACCCCGUUAAGCUUGACAAGAUUCCAAGUUUUAUCAUGGAUCAUACUUCACACAUUACUGAAUGGUCUGACUAUGUCAUAUAGAGAGCUAAUUCAUUUUCCCUUUUAAUGCUUUGGAAUUGGUUUGGAGCCUUUCUGUUUUUUGCUAUAAGAGAGAAUUGAACGUCUCCUUUAGGAAUUGGAAGAGUUUCUAGGUGAUCCCCAUGCAUGCUAAACCGGAUUAGUUAUGCUGUUAUUAAAGCCAGCUUUGAAGCAAGUACAAUAUAUGAGUAUUUAUGUACUUCCUUUUAUAUUCAUCAGAAAUGAACUCGCAAUCUCUGGUAUUGUAGCAAUUAAAGUAGAAUGUUAAAUGUUAUAUGCUUGUGUUUUGGAUCGAAGCCUGAACUGAUUUUUAUUGAGGUUUGAAGAAAAUUUGACCUGAAAGUUAGUCUUUAGAUGUGAGUGAGUGCAGAAGCAGGGGAGGAUGAAUAGAGUAGAAGUUAUGAUGGCAUAUCUUCAUUCCCAUUUUUAUGUUCAUAUGGGGUGGCUACUGCAUUGAUGUUAUAGUCCAAGCAAUUGAACCUUUUUUUAAUUCGAUGAGAAAAAGGUUCUAUUUUGUCAUUAUCUAAUGCAAUAAUUCUCGGCUUCUGUUUUUGCUUUGGCAAAA